AUGGAGGUCGUCCAAGUGCAACCAAGAGAUUUUUAUCUGCAUUACAUCUAUGUGCCAGUGAAGGGGACGACGGUCAGGUGGACAUUCACUACCAAAAAGAACAACAUUGCAUUUGGCUUCUACAGAAGAUUGGGUCAUACACCACUACCGUCCUCUUCAGAUAUUGUGUUAAAAGCGCAGCAAGCUCGGUCGGAUCAACUACUGAAAGCAUAUCCUCUAUCCAAAAAAACAGCAGAAGAUGAAGACUCUCUGAUACACGACAGCUCGACGCAUCAUACAAGAGCACGAUCCAAGUCAAUAGCAUCUGAGAAGUUGCGAGAAAAGAAUGACUGGGUUGAGCUCAUACCUAUAGAGCAUGUGAAUUCGGCCAAAGCCAAAGUCGAAGGGAGCUAUACUGUGCAUGAUGCUGGGAAUUACAUUCUAGUCUUUGACAACACGUUCUCCAAAAACACACCCAAAGUAGUUACAUUCUCUGUCGCCCUGGUAGAUCCCAACAUGGAACAAGCAUUGGAGCAUCCACAAGCAGAAAUCUCGGGCUGGCUGUUGAAGAAGAGACGCAAAAAGUUGCAAGGCUGGGCCAAGAGAUGGUUUGAGCUGUCAAAAGCUGGAGUUUUGUCGUACUCUGCUACACCAACUAGCUUAACAAGAGGGUCGAUCCAAAUACUGCUAGCAACCAUAUCGCUGAAUCCACAACACCACAUCAUCCAUAUUGAUUCAGGAUCCACUUUGUUCCAUCUACGAUGUCAGACAAACGACGAAUACAAGGAAUGGACGCGAGCACUAAAGGCAUAUAGGGACGAUGAAUUUCUUCACAGGGAGUAUGCGGAUUCUCAACAAGAAGAGCGAGCGCAACAAACGCAACAACAACAACAACAACAACAACAGCAACAGCAACAGCAACAAGAUUUUAAAUUGCCUCCCGAAAUACAGCUACUACCCAACUCUUCAUCUUCUUCAUCCUUUGCAGCUGAUUAUCAUAGCGCAGACAUGAUAUGGUCUCAGAUUGACGCUGGUGUCCGCAACGCUGAACUGUUGAGCUCCAACAUUGCCAUACUGAACAAGAAUACAGAGUCGCUAUUUCAUCGUGAUAAUUCAUCAGAGAGCUUUACACUGGCUAAAGAGAGCGAAUUAAUUACGUCUUUGGCCGCAGAACAAGCUAGACAAUGGCGAGAGAUUCAAGUGACAAUGCAACAUUUGUUAAAGGGAGAUCCAACGCUCAACAGUCUGUCGAUGACACGAUCACAAUCAAAGAUCAAAGUACCAGUAGAAACUGAUACUAAACCAGCCGACAAUGAUCAUAUGCUCUUACGCACACCCAGCACCAACACGUCUUGCUCUUCAUUCCACAAUUCAUUCAUGUCAGACCAGUUUUUCGAUGCCGAGUCUGUGGUAUUGACAGACGACGAUGAUGAUUACGCAGACCAUCCAGGAAUUGUGUCUACGGGAGAUAGCUCUACGCUGUCUACUAGCGAUGAGGAGGAAUCUGAAGAGGAGGAUGGCCUCGCAUUCGGCAAACCAAUGAGGCAAUCCAAACUGACUGAUCUCAUAUCAGAACCGUCCAACUUUCACAGACGACAAAUUUUGCCUUCGCCCGCCAUAACUGAUGGCGUAUCAGCCUUAUCCAUCUUUCGCAAGAACAUUGGAAAAGAUCUAUCUCAGAUUGCAAUGCCUGUCAGCAUGAAUGAGCCGUUGAGCAUGCUCGAAAAGGCCUGUGAGGAUUUGGAAUACUCUGAAUUAUUGGAUAAAGCAGCACAAUGUGAAAACAGUAUGGACAGAAUCAUGUAUGUGGCGGCAUUUGCUGUCUCCAGCUACUCGUCCUCACAGUGGCGAUCUGGUAGAAAGCCUUUCAAUCCAGUGAUGAGCGAAACGUAUGAAUGCAUUCGACCUGACAAGGGAUUUCGCUUCAUUUCGGAAAAAGUGUCUCACCAUCCGCUGAUCAUUGCCUCGCACGCAGAAUCGCGGACAUAUCAGUAUUGGCAAUGCACCAAGAUCAAGAGCAAAUUCUGGGGUAAAUCCAUGGAAUUCAUGACAGAAGGCACCUUUCACGUCAGCCUGAACGACAGUGAGCACUAUACCUUUACAAAACCUUCGAGUUGGAUGAGAAACAUGAUUGCUGGCGAAAAAUAUUUGGAGCAUGUAGGCGAAUUGAAGGUGAUCAACCAAACCACCGGUGAGUAUGGCUCCGUAUCAUUCAAGGAGGGUACUGGUGGCGGGCUGUUUAGUGCGCCCAAGGAGCGUAACAGUGUAGUAGGCACCUUUUAUACGGCAGAAGGUGUCAAGAGCAAGAAAAUAGUUGGUAAAUGGAGCGAUGGACUGGCAGAGGAUGUCAAUAUGGACGGCCGCACCUUGUCCGUGCUAUGGAAAGCCAAGGUCCCUACCAACCCUGAUUUCAGUAAAAAGUACUAUGGAUUCUCGCAAUUUGCCAUUGAGUUGAACGAAAUUACGCCCAUCGAGAAGGGUAAGCUGCCUAAAACCGAUUCCAGAAAGAGGCCAGAUCAGCGUCUGUACGAGGAGGGACAAGUAGAUCGUGCCGAUGAAGAGAAACUGAGGAUUGAAAAGAUGCAGCGUGAGACACGGGCUGGGUAUGCAGAGAAGGGCACCCCCUGGAAGCCCCAAUGGUUCAGGCUGGAGGAGGAUCCGUACGAAGAACCCACUCUUUUUGCUGUACACGCUGAUGCAAAUGUUGGGCAUUCGUGGCAGUUUGCUGGAGAAUAUUGGAAUGCGAGAGAAACUGGCGAAUGGCCCACGGAUACACCUGAUUUAUGGUAG